CGGCUAUUAUUGUAGCUACAACUGAUUUUUAACUAACGUUAACGCUUGCAUAGUGAGAAAGGGCGUGAAUGGAGUUUGACACUCUGCGCAGUAGACUUAUAUAUUAAUGUGAAGCUGCAUUUCGCUACUGGUUACAUUUCUAGCUUGCAGACAUAAUGGAUGAAGAACCAGAGAGAGCCAAGCGCUGGGAAGGUGGCUAUGAGAGGACAUGGGAGGUGCUGAAAGAGGACGAAUCUGGCUCACUAAAAGCCACAGUGGAAGAGAUCCUGUUCCAGUCCAAAAGGAAAAGGGUGAUAGAGAGCCAUGGACAAGUAAGGCUUGGAAUGAUGCGGCACCUCCAUGUGGUGAUUGACUGUUCAAGAAGUAUGGAAGACCAGGACUUGAAACCAAACCGCCUCACCUCUACUCUAAAGCUGUUGGAAACUUUUGUUGAUGAGUAUUUUGACCAAAACCCCAUCAGUCAGCUAGGCCUAAUCACCACGAAGAAUAAAAGGGCUGAGAAGCUUACUGAUCUGGCAGGAAAUCCAAAGAAGCACGCUGCUGCUCUGAAGAAAGCAGUGGACACUGUGUGUUUAGGAGAGCCAUCCAUAUACAACUCUCUCAACCUGGCCAUACAGACCCUCAAGCACAUGCCUGGACAUACAAGCCGGGAGAUCCUGAUAAUCCUCAGCAGCCUUACUACAUGUGACCCAGCCAACAUCUGUGAGCUGAUUAAGACCCUAAAGUCUCUGAAGGUGCGGGUGUCUGUAAUCGGCCUGUCAGCAGAGGUCAGGGUGUGUACAGUAUUGACCAGGGAGACGGGCGGCUCGUACCACGUUAUCCUGGAUGAGAGCCACUUCAAAGAGCUUCUGAUGCUGCAUGUCAAACCUCCUCCAGCCAGCUCCUCAUCUGAAUGCUCUUUAAUACGCAUGGGCUUUCCUCAGCACACCAUCGCCUCUCUGACUGACCAGGAUGCCAAGCCUUCAUUCAGCAUGUCUCAUCUGGACAGCAGCAGUGCUCCAGGUCUGUCUCUGGGAGGAUACUUCUGCCCGCAGUGCCACGCCAAGUACACAGAGCUUCCUGUAGAGUGUAAAGUCUGUGGUUUGACUCUGGUGUCGGCUCCCCAUCUCGCCAGAUCUUUCCACCACCUCUUCCCCCUCCAAGCCUUUAUAGAGAGUCCUGUGGAGGAGUUUCAAGAAGACAGGUUCUGUCAAGCUUGUCAAGGGGAGCUGAAAGAUAAAAGUAUAUUCACCUGUCCAUCAUGUCGCAGUGUGUUCUGUGUGGAGUGUGAUCUCUUCAUCCAUGACUUGCUACACUGCUGCCCUUGCUGUAUUCACAGUCAGAGCGCCCCCUGAAGCUGAGAAGCUAACUGUCAGACAGAGACUGAAAUAAACUCAGUGGUCAUGUGAUCUUAUUGACUCACCAUAUCCAUUUUAUCAGUGUCGUGCACCUCUGAUAGAAUAGAUAUGAUGCACACAGGCUAUAGACCAUCCAGAUUGUUACAUUUCAAAGUUGUUAAAGAUUGCCACAAAAUAUUGGACCGUUUCAGUUGAUACAUAUCGUUUACAGGUGAAAGCUGCUUCUUGCUAAGAUCGUGCUGAGUUGGGCUAAAGUUUCUCUCUGCUCUGAGAACUGCAUCUGAGCCACUGCACUACUGCUUUUAAAUCACACACUUUUUUAUAUGAGCCAGAAAUGGUUUGUGUGCAUUGUUUAUACACAUUUUUGUAAAACAGUUCUGGUUACUUUAUACACCGUCUAUGGUUCUGUUUGUGACAUGACAGUUACAAUUAAA